AUGAGUUGGCGUUUUAUUCUGAUGAUUAUUAUUAGUAUUUCAUGGAUACCGAUACUAAUCUUCUUUGUGACUAAUAUUAAUUCAAAAUUAAUUUCUCAAGUUCAAAUAACUAUAUCAAAACCAUGGACAUUAGUAACUCGAAAUAAUGUACGUCUAAGUAGAUUAUAUAAAAAAUAUAAUUUAUUAUUAAAUUUGACAGCAUUUAAAACGAAUCAUUUAUCAAAUAAAACAAUAAUUUAUUCUUGUACAUCAUUUUGUGGUGGUUGGGGUGAUCGAUUACGUGGUAUUACAUCUGCUUAUAUUCUUGCUUUAUUAACUGAUCGUCAUUUUAUGAUUGAUAUGAAUUAUCCUUGUGAUAUUUUAAAAGUAGUUGAACCUAAUUUUGUUAAUUGGACAUAUGUUAAACACAAUAAAUCGAAAAAUCGAACUCGUUUGUAUAUUAAUACGAUGCCUUCAUGGCAAAAAGCAUAUCGAAAUAAUAUAUCAAAUAUGAUUAAAUCAAACGAUUUCGUUAAAGUUUGGUCAUCAUAUGAUGAUAUAAUUAUAUCAGCUAAUAGCGAUUAUAUGACACCAGCACUUCACAAUAUUUAUAUGUUAAAUAAAACUCAACAGUUACUUGGUCAAAUACCUAUAUCGCAAGCUACAACGCAAAUAUUUGUUGCUUUUCUUUUCGAGCUUCUUUUCAAGCCUUCUAUUGCUGUUCGUAAUCGAGUUGAUUCUAUAUUAAUUAACUCUCGUCAUCGACAUCUUAUUUGUUUGCAUAUUCGUAUUGGUAAAAAUCCAACAAAUCCAUUGGAUGUUGCGUUUACAGCUCGAGAAAAUACAACAAAAUCAAUGAUAGACUUUGUUGAUAAUUAUUUAUUAAACAAAUCUUCAUCACUUAUUUUUGUUACAUCUGAUAGUAGUCAAGCUGUAUCAGAUAUUUUACGUCAUUAUCCAAACUCAUCGAUGUCGAUUGUUGGCCCUAUUUUACAUAUUGAUAGAUUUGAUCGACGAUCACCAACUAUAUGUGAUGGAUUUGUUAAAGUCAUAGCCGAUUUUUAUCUUUUAGGCGAAUGUCAAACAUUACUUUUAUCAACUAGUGGAUUUUCAUCAUGGGCUAAUCUACGAAGAGAAAAUCCGAAUGAAGAAUUGUACCAUUAUAAUGAAAAAUUAGGAAAAAUAAAAAAGUUAAUUACUUAA